AUGCCUAUCCCAUUAAUAUCACACGGAAUAACUGAGGGCCUCUCAGCUAUCCCUCAUGCAUACACAGCCAUCAAAUGGGCUGCCGUUGUGGCAGUUGUGGCCUUGCUCAAGUACUACUUUGGUGGAGCCCGCAACACCUCCGAGCGCUUGAUGCAUUCGAAAGUUGUGAUGAUAACUGGCGGCACAUCAGGCAUCGGCGCCUCAAUCGUGCAUGAUCUCGCCUCGCGCGGCGCUCAAAUCAUCCUUCUCACCCAACACGCCCCCUCCGACCUGUUUCUGGUAGACUACAUCGAAGACCUCCGCCAAUCCACCAACAACGAACUCAUCUACGCCGAGCAAGUCGAUUUGACGUCAUUACACUCAGUCCGCAAAUUCGCAACAAAAUGGGUCGACAACGCACCUCCGCGACGUCUCGAUAUGAUAAUCCUCUGCGCGAAUACCCUCAAACCAAGCCGAUUCGGAAAACCACGAUUGACGCCGGAUGGAUUGGAUGAGGAGUGGCAGGUUAAUUACCUGGCAAACUUUCAUUUGUUGAGUAUAUUGAGUCCGGCGAUUAGGGCGCAGCCGCCGGAUAGGGAUGUCAGGAUUGUGUUUGCCAGUUGUUCGAGUUAUAUUGGGGCAGAGAUGGAUUUGAAGAGGACUGAGGGUGUUAUCGCUUCAACCACCGCUAAGAAGACAACAACCACAACCACAGGCGCGACAAAGAAGUCCAAGACCGGGGUGAAUACAGCGGCGAAAAAGAAUAAACGCAACACAAGCGCAACAAGCAUGUACGGCAUGACCAAACUCUCGCUCAUGAUAUUCGCAAAAGCAUUCCAAAAACAUCUUUCCUCUUACAAACGGCCCGACGAACGACCCAUGAACGCCCGCGUCCUCAUCGUGGAUCCAGGCUGGACGCGCACACCCGGCACCCGCCGCUGGAUUUCGGGGGGUAGUCUAUGGGGCUUAUUACUGUAUCUGAUUACCUGGCCUGUAUGGUGGUUAAUCCUCAAGGCACCCGAACAAGGCGCCCAAAGCUUUCUGUAUGCUGCUAUGGAGGCAAAGUAUGGGCGUGGAGAGGAAGGGGGAUGGUUUAUCAAGGAAUGUCGCGAGUUUGAGACGUUGCGCAAGGAAGUUGGUGAUGAUGAGGUUUCAAAGCAGCUUUGGGAGUUUAGUGAAGAGCAAAUCCAAGUAAAAGAGAAGGAGUCGGCGAAGAGGAGGGCGGUGGAGAAGGCGAUAGAAGAGGAAGAAAAAAAGGAGGCUCAGAAAAAACCCGCUUCAUCCGCGACAGGAGCGUCGACUGCGACCAACAGUGCCAGCAAUAAUAAAGCUCGGACAGCUGGAGGGAAGAAGAACCGGAAGUGA